CUCCUAUAGGGUUGACUUCGACAGAAAAGAAGAACAAGAAGUGAAACACACAGGAUAUAUAAUGUUACGCCCAACACUUCAUUUUUUGUAGGAUCUUGACAAGAUGGAUCUCAAAAUCUUGAACUGGGAUUGGGAUCAAGAAUCUUACCCAUCUUCUUCUGAUUUAUGGGUCCUCAUCAUCUUUGCUCCUUUCUUCCUUUUUCUUCGUUUGAUACUAGACAGAUCAAUAUUCGAGAGAUCUGCUAGAAGAGUGGUAUUUCCUAGAGGAAAAUGUGUUGAUUCAAACGAUAGAAGAAAGAGGAUAGUUAAAUUCAAAGAAUCAGCUUGGAAAUGUCUCUGCUCUAUCUCUACCGAAGCACUUGCUCUCUACAUCACUUAUAAUGAGCCAUGGUUCAAAGACACAAAAUGCUUCUGGUUAGGACCAGGAGACCAGAUGUGGCCCGACCAAAAGAUAAAGUUGAAAAUGAAGGGACUGUACACGUUUGUCGGUGGCUUGAAUGUGUAUUCCUUAUUUGCUUUGUUCUUUUGGGAAACAAGACGAUCUGAUUUCAAAGUCAUGAUAGUUCAUCACAUAGUAACUUCAUUCCUCAUCAUCUUGUCUUACGUUUUCAGAUUUUCUCGGGUAGGCUCUGUAAUAUUGGCUGUUCACGAGAUCACCGACGUGUUUGUAGAAAUAGGCAAGAUGUGCAAAUACAGCGGCCUAGAAUCCAUGGCUACUGUCUCGUUCAUCCUAUUUUUCCUGUCGUGGACGGCUCUGCGACUCAUCUAUUACCCUUUAUGGAUCCUCUGGGGUACCAGUUAUGAAUCUAUAAACGUGAAACUAGAGUGGGACAAGACGCACUCGAUAGGAACUGGACUACCUUCUACAAUGUACUACGUUUUCAACACAUUUCUAUGGUGCUUACAGAUUCUUCACAUCUACUGGUGGGUCUUGAUAUGUCGUAUGUUCAUCAUCCAAAUCCGUUCCAAAGACAAAAUCGCUAGAGACGUUCGUUCUGACUCUGAAGGUGAAGAUGAUGAACACCAAGAUUGAAUGUCUUGACUCUUGUUGUCCAUCGUUUUGCGAAUACCCGUAACCAUAUCUGUUUUAGCUCAAAUGGCAGCUCUUAUCUUUUGUAUUGCUUUCUCAAACUAUAUGAUCUAAAAAAUCAUAUCUUUGUAAUUCUUUUUAUCUAAUUCAAAACCG